AUGAGCAUUCAAUGGGCUACCGGGUCUUUAUCUGAGAUGCAGAGCACGCGCUCCGCGAUAACUGGCCAGGACUUCUACCCGACCUUCCUAAAAGACCAGGUUGGAAUGGAUGCGACAGAUACCACGGUGAUCACUGUCUUGAACGUGUUGCUGUCAUAUAUCCUCAGCGGUGCUAUUAUCCCUGCGUCUAUCCUGCCACGCAACAUGUCGUUGGCCGCCUGUGCCUUCUUCGAGCAGUUCUUUGUCGGCGAUUUUGGGGGCCGAUUGGUCGGGUUGACCUAUCAGCUCGGCAACUUGGGGUCUUCUGCAUCUGCGACCAUCCAAUCCAUCACUGGCGAACGGUAUCCUCUGUCAUUGGGGCCUGAUGGGAAGAAGCGAUUCAACUAUGGUAAGGUCGUUGCCAUAUUCAUGGGUGCAAUGUCGCAGGAAGAACGCGAUGAAGAAGCCGAGGCUGCACAGCACCUGCAGCGACUGCGAGCCGAAGUAGUUAGUCUGGCGGAGAUUGGACAACGGCAGUUCAAAGGAAAGAGGAUGGAGCGCGAAGAUCUGGCUGAUGUUGGUCAUGCCGAGGGGACUGUGUAG